GCUCCCUCGCGGCCGGAAGUAGGCGGGCAGCGCGCGGCCAUGGCGGCGAUGGGGCAGCAGUACCGGCCGGGUGCGCCGGACGCCAACUUCUUGUGGAGCGUGUUCCAACGGGUUGAUAAAGACAGGAGUGGAAUAAUAUCUGACAUGGAACUUCAGCAGGCAUUAUCCAAUGGAACAUGGACUCCAUUUAAUCCUGCAACUGUCAGGUCAAUUCUGUCCAUGUUUGACAGAGAGAACAAAGGUGGUGUGAACUUCAAUGAAUUCACAGGAGUCUGGAAAUAUAUCUCAGACUGGCAGAAUGUCUUUCGAACGUAUGAUAGAGACAAUUCUGGAAUGAUUGACAAAAAUGAACUAAAGCAAGCACUAACAGGUUUUGGAUAUCGACUAUCUGAGCAAUUCUAUGAUAUCCUCAUUCGGAAAUUUGACCGUCAAGGCAGAGGACAAGUUGCUUUUGAUGACUUCAUUCAGUGCUGCGUUGUUUUGCAGAGAUUGACUGAUAUAUUCAGGCGCUAUGAUACUGAUCAAGAUGGCUGGAUUCAGGUGUCUUAUGAACAGUAUCUUUCUAUGGUCUUCAGCAUUGUAUGAUAGUGACAACAUGAGAAUAUUACUGGCUGUUACUAAUGAGAAGACUGGAAUUGCCAAGUUAUCCCUUGAAUGAUUAUUUUUGUAUCAUAACUGUACAUGACUUGCUUCACACUCUGAAAUUGUAAGCGUCAUCACUUUAAGAAUCUGUACUCCGACUAUUUCAUUUUAUAUUCUGCCAGCAGCAGUGGCCAUAUCACCUUUCUAUCACAAGCUUUAAAUUAUGCAAUGCCAUAACUCUUCUCCCCAGGUAGUGUGCAUGGGGAAACAAGAUUACUUUAUAGACACGCCAAAUUAAAAUAAUGCUUGUUAGUAAAAGUGAUGUAAAGGUCAGACACAAUUUGCACACCAUAGAUUGCAUGUGCCUUACACUUUUAUAAGGAUUUAAUGUAUUCAUUUUUAAUACAGAAUUUAAAACUUACAAACCUA